GACAAACAGAAGCUAGUAGAGGAAGUGGAGGCGGACACGUGGGGCGCUCUACGGUGGCCGUAAGAAUACAGCGGAUGUGUUAGCAACCGGUCAAAAAGUAGCCCCGGCUGGGCGAGGAGCGUUGUAUUUCUAACCUAGCUUCACGGAGUCUCGAGGAGGGAGCCUCGGCAGCCGUCACCAUGGUGAAGGAGCAGUUCAGAGAGACGGAUGUGGCCAAGAAAAUAAGCCACAUCUGUUUUGGAAUGAAGUCAGCUGAGGAGAUGCGCCAGCAGGCGCACAUCCAGGUUGUGAGUAAGAACCUAUACAGCCAGGACAAUAACCACUCCCCCCUGCUGUACGGGGUGCUUGACCACAGGAUGGGCACGAGUGAGAAGGAUCGUCCUUGUGAAACCUGUGGGAAGAACUUGGCUGACUGUCUGGGCCACUAUGGGUACAUUGACCUGGAACUGCCAUGCUUUCACGUGGGGUACUUCCGUGCAGUUAUAGGCAUCUUACAGAUGAUCUGUAAAACCUGCUGCCACAUCAUGCUGUCCCAGGAGGAGAGGAAGCAGUUUCUGGAUUAUCUAAAGAGGCCUGGCCUGACCUACCUCCAGAAGCGGGGGCUAAAGAAGAAAAUCUCUGAUAAGUGCCGGAAGAAGAACACGUGCCAUCACUGUGGCGCCUUCAACGGUACUGUAAAGAAGUGUGGAUUACUAAAGAUCAUCCACGAGAAAUACAAGACCAACAAGAAAGUGGUGGAUCCCAUCGUGUCAAAUUUCCUUCAGUCCUUCGAAACCGCCAUCGAGCAUAACAAAGAAGUAGAGCCUCUGCUGGGAAGGGCGCAGGAAAACUUGAAUCCCUUAGUAGUUCUGAAUUUAUUUAAAAGAAUCCCAGCUGAAGAUAUCCCUCUACUCCUGAUGAAUCCAGAAGCUGGAAAGCCCUCUGAUUUGAUUCUCACGCGACUUUUAGUGCCCCCUUUGUGUAUCAGACCCUCUGUCGUGAGUGAUUUGAAGUCUGGCACCAAUGAGGAUGAUCUGACGAUGAAAUUGACCGAAAUCAUUUUUCUAAACGAUGUCAUCAAAAAGCAUCGGAUAUCAGGAGCUAAGACCCAGAUGAUCAUGGAAGACUGGGAUUUCCUGCAGCUGCAGUGUGCCCUCUACAUUAACAGCGAGCUCUCAGGCAUUCCCCUCAACAUGGCGCCCAAGAAAUGGACCAGAGGGUUCGUCCAGCGCCUGAAGGGAAAACAGGGUCGAUUUAGAGGCAAUCUCUCAGGAAAGAGAGUGGAUUUUUCUGGCAGAACAGUCAUCUCACCUGACCCCAACCUCCGAAUUGAUGAAGUAGCUGUUCCAGUCCACGUGGCCAAGAUCCUAACUUUUCCUGAGAAGGUGAACAAAGCAAACAUCACCUUUUUGAGGAAACUGGUUCGGAAUGGCCCUGAAGUUCACCCAGGAGCCAAUUUCAUUCAGCAGAGACACACACAGAUGAAAAGGUUUUUGAAAUAUGGAAAUAGAGAAAAGAUGGCUCAGGAGCUCAAAUUCGGGGAUAUCGUGGAGAGACACCUUAUAGAUGGAGAUGUGGUCUUGUUCAACCGACAGCCCUCACUGCACAAAUUGAGCAUUAUGGCACAUCUGGCCAGGGUCAAGCCCCACCGGACCUUCAGAUUUAAUGAGUGUGUCUGUACACCAUACAAUGCGGAUUUUGAUGGUGAUGAAAUGAACCUUCAUCUUCCUCAAACAGAAGAAGCUAAAGCAGAAGCCCUUGUUCUGAUGGGGACUAAAGCAAAUCUUGUAACUCCAAGGAAUGGAGAACCACUAAUUGCUGCUAUUCAAGAUUUUCUGACAGGUGCCUACCUCCUCACUCUUAAGGACACUUUCUUUGACCGAGCCAAGGCUUGUCAAAUCAUUGCUUCAAUAUUGGUGGGCAAAGAUGAGAAAAUCAAAGUUCGCCUGCCGCCACCUACAAUACUAAAGCCCGUCACCCUGUGGACAGGAAAGCAGGUGUUCAGCGUCAUCCUCAGACCCAGCUAUGACAAUCCAGUGAGGGCCAACCUCCGAACCAAGGGCAAGCAGUACUGUGGCAAAGGAGAGGAUCUCUGUGUCAACGAUUCCUACGUCACUAUCCAGAACAGCGAGUUGAUGAGUGGCAGCAUGGACAAAGGCACCCUGGGAUCAGGAUCCAAGAACAAUAUUUUUUACAUUUUGCUGCGAGACUGGGGGCAGAAUGAAGCUGCCGAUGCAAUGUCACGGCUUGCCAGGCUGGCUCCUGUCUACCUCUCUAACCGUGGGUUCUCUAUUGGGAUUGGUGAUGUCACACCUGGCCAAGGACUGCUGAAGGCCAAGUACGAGUUGCUGAACGCUGGCUACAGAAAAUGUGAUGAGUACAUUGAGGCCUUGAACACAGGCAAGCUGCAGCAGCAGCCCGGCUGCACUGCAGAGGAAACCCUGGAGGCUUUGAUCCUGAAGGAGCUGUCUGUGAUCCGUGACCAUGCUGGCAGCGCCUGCCUCCGGGAGCUGGACAAGAGCAACAGCCCCCUCACCAUGGCUCUGUGUGGCUCCAAAGGUUCCUUCAUUAACAUAUCACAGAUGAUUGCCUGUGUGGGACAGCAAGCUAUCAGCGGCUCCCGAGUGCCAGAUGGCUUUGAAAACAGGUCCUUGCCUCACUUUGAAAAACACUCAAAGCUGCCAGCUGCCAAAGGCUUUGUGGCUAAUAGCUUUUACUCCGGUUUGACACCAACCGAGUUUUUCUUCCACACGAUGGCUGGCCGGGAAGGUCUGGUCGACACAGCCGUGAAGACAGCUGAAACAGGAUACAUGCAGAGAAGGCUCGUAAAGUCCCUUGAAGAUCUUUGCUCCCAGUAUGAUUUGACAGUCCGAAGCUCCACAGGAGAUAUCAUCCAGUUCAUUUACGGGGGAGAUGGCUUAGAUCCUGCAGCCAUGGAGGGAAAAGAUGAACCCCUGGAGUUUAAAAGGGUUCUGGACAACAUCAAAGCAGUCUUCCCGUGCCAGAGCGAGCCUGCCCUCAGUAAAAACGAGCUACUCCUGACCACGGAGUCCAUCAUGAAGAAGAACGAGUUUCUCUGCUGCCAGGACAGCUUCCUGCAGGAAAUAAAAAAAUUCAUUAAGGGGGUUUCUGAGAAGAUCAAGAAAACCAGGGAUAAAUAUGGCAUCAAUGAUAACGGCACGACAGAGCCCCGUGUACUGUACCAGUUGGACCGGAUCACCCCUACCCAAAUAGAAAAGUUUCUAGAGACGUGUAGGGACAAGUACAUGAGGGCACAGAUGGAGCCGGGUUCUGCGGUGGGUGCACUUUGUGCCCAGAGCAUUGGUGAGCCAGGCACCCAGAUGACCCUGAAGACUUUCCACUUUGCUGGUGUGGCCUCCAUGAACAUCACCCUGGGCGUCCCCCGCAUCAAAGAGAUCAUCAACGCUUCCAAAGCCAUCAGCACGCCAAUCAUCACAGCCCAGCUGGACAAGGAUGACGAUGCAGAUUACGCUCGCCUCGUGAAAGGGAGGAUUGAGAAAACCCUCUUGGGGGAGAUUUCGGAGUAUAUUGAAGAGGUCUUUCUUCCUGACGAUUGCUUUAUUCUCAUCAAGCUCUCCCUGGAACGGAUCAGACUUCUGAGACUGGAAGUGAACGCUGAGACGGUGAGGUAUUCCAUCUGCAUGUCCAAGCUCCGAGUGAAGCCUGGCGACGUGGCGGUCCACGGUGAGGCUGUGGUAUGUGUCACCCCCCGAGAGAACAGCAAGAGCUCCAUGUACUACGUUCUGCAGUUUCUGAAGGAGGAUCUCCCCAAGGUGGUGGUGCAGGGCAUCCCAGAGGUGUCCCGAGCUGUCAUCCACAUUGACGAGCAGAGCGGAAAGGAGAAGUACAAGCUCCUGGUGGAGGGUGACAACCUGCGGGCAGUCAUGGCCACCCAUGGGGUGAAGGGCACCCAGACCACCUCCAACAACACCUAUGAGGUGGAGAAAACUCUGGGCAUCGAAGCUGCCCGGACGACCAUCAUCAACGAAAUCCAGUACACGAUGGUCAACCACGGCAUGAGCAUUGACCGGCGGCAUGUGAUGCUGCUCUCUGACCUUAUGACCUACAAGGGUGAAGUCCUGGGCAUUACUAGAUUUGGCCUGGCCAAGAUGAAGGAGAGCGUGCUGAUGCUGGCCUCCUUUGAGAAGACCGCCGACCACCUCUUUGACGCUGCCUAUUUUGGGCAGAAGGACUCCGUGUGUGGGGUGUCUGAAUGCAUCAUCAUGGGGAUCCCCAUGAACAUCGGAACCGGGCUCUUCAAGCUGCUCCACAAGGCCAACAGGGACCCGAGCCCUCCUAGGAGGCCUCUGAUCUUCGACACAGAUGAAUUCCACAUCCCUCUUGUCACAUAGUCCAGGGAAGAGGGGACUUUUCCUGACCUUGGCUCCUUGUCCUGUCUGGGAAAGGGGCUCGAGGCCAGCAGCUGACUCGUGAGCUUUGUGCUCCCCAGGACUGAGGCCCCACCAUCCCACCAUGCCAGUGGGCAGAGAAGAUGCCACUGUCCCCGGAGACAACUCACCUAGUGACCCCGACCACAACGGUGGAAAGAACUAGGGUUUGUCUGUUUGUUGAAAUUUUAAUCUAUGGACAGCUCAGCACCUCCUGCCCACUCCACCUCCCUGGACAGGCAAGGAGGCCCCAGCCAGGCGUCUCUGCUCCUUCUAACCUCUAGUCCAUCCGUCUGCUCUCAGAGGUGCUCCACCCUGACCAGGAGCCAGGUCUAGGCCCCAAGACCAAGGCACGAUCUUGGUUCUUCUUUUCCUUGCUCAUGCUGGAAUUUCCCAAUGUGAUAUGCUAAUGUAAAUAUUGUUACUACUAUUUAUUGUUCAGUUCAAAGAAUUUGGAGUUUUUAUUGUUAUUUUGGUUUUACUUUUGAAACCAAGAAGCUAUAGAAACCAAGAAAAUGAGCUUUAUGGUGUCACUGGAAAAACUGGUUAAGCAAAUGGGACUAUCUAGGAUUCGUAACUGAGUGUAACUGUUGUGAGGCCACACUGCUCUGAAACAUCUUCUGCAGACACCCCGCCCACCGCCCACCUUUUGUCUGCCUCCGACUGCCAUGGAGGGGCUCAGGAGUCAGAUCUGUUCUUCAUGGCCCACAGAAGCCUUGCCAGUUUGGGGCCGGCCGAAUGACUGACAUGGUGCCUGUCAGUGUACAUGGAAAUGAUGCGUAAGGCUGGUCCAGGCCCCCCGUGGUAUCCAUACCCCCCGAGGCAUGUGCAUGUGUGCCCUGCCUCUUGCAGUUGGAGAGCAUGCAGCACAAGUGCAGAACUCAGGGUCUAGAAAGUGCUCCAGAGCAGUGGCGGGAGAGGGUCCACUUGGAUACAGGCAGGCACCAGCUCUGCGGGGUGAGCUGGCUGCCCAGAUAGGAAGGGCAGAGUCCUGCACAGGAGUGGUUGUCAGCUGGAACUGGGGGUGUGCCCCAGGUGGCAACAGCAGACUCCAAAAAGAGGAAAACUGUGCAAUAGAAAGCACACAUCACAGAUUUGAUCUCUGGCCUUGCUCAGUGAGUUAAGGAUCCUGCAUUGCCACAAGUUGCAGUGUAGGUCACAGAUACGGCUCGGAUCCUGUGUCGCUGUGGCUGCAGCUCCAAUUCAACCCCUAGCCUGGGAACGUCCAUGUGCCUCUAGUGUGGCCCUAAAAAGACAAAAAUAAAAGUACAUAUCAGACUGUGAGGAGAGAGCCAGCGGGGCAUCCUGGGAAGACCCAUGACCUCCCGCCUACCUGGGCUUCUACCAGCGUCUGCACCGCUGCUGAUGGGUUUUUCAAGGCUUAUGAAGGGGUUUUGUGCAACAUAGAGAAGAAACGUACACAGCUGGUCUCCUAGGAAAGAAACAUACGCAGAUGGUUUUCUAGAGAGCAGAAGGGCUUGCUUUUGGAGACGGUGAUUCUUUGUACUUAAUUUGCUCCUUAGGAUUGGCCCAGGGUCAGAAAGAAGCUACAGUAGCUCCACCCCCUUUGGAGAACAUUCCAAGGAGCCUGUCCUUCCCUUCCCUGCCCAGAGCCAGGUUUAUCGGUCUGGAUCUUCCUUCCUUCCCAGGGGAGCAUUGACAAUCCAAGGCUGCUUGUUUGGAAGUGAGAUGACCUGCUGCUGAUGAGGUAGAUGAUAGUGAAAAGGGGGCUUUGACCCACUUCUGUCUCUGUGCACUUGAGGAGGAAAGUCUGCCUCUGAAAGGACAGCCGCUUCAUCUCUGUGUCAAGGCUCUGGGAGAAACACACCAAAGAGAUGUGCCUCUGUUGUUGAGCGAGAAGAUGGUUUGGGUGAUUAAAGAGAUGGAUGUGGUCAAAGAAAAAGUAGGGGAAGCUCAAAGAAUUCAAGCAGUAUUUUAUAUAAUUGACUUAAGUUUCUUGGCCAAUCCCUAGUUGAUUCCCCAAGUUCGGAGUUAACGUUACUAAGGUACUUGCAUGACCUUGGCUCUUGGGUCUGUGUUUAGAAUGAGUACUUUCUUUCCCAUGGCACCAUGAUUCUGAAUUAGAAAUUCUUGACCUCAGGGGGCGUUUUUUUGUUUUUGUCUUUUUAGGGCUGCACCUGUGGCAUAUGGAGGUUCCCAGGCUAGGGCUCCAAAGGAGCUGUGGCCAGCCUAUGCCACAGCCACAGCAACGAGGGAUCCAAGCCAUGUCUGUGACCUAUAUCACAGCUCACGGCAACGCUGGAUCCUUAACCCACUGAGCGAGGCCAGGGAUCGAACUUGAGUCCUCAUGGAUACUAGUCAGAUUCGUUUCUGCUGAACUCCAACCUGAGUUAUUUCUUUUUGUUUGUUUGGUUUUUGUUUUUUAUGGCUUCACCCAUGGCACAUGGAAGUUCCCAGGCUAGGGGUCACAUGACUAGGAUCUGCAGCUGCCUGCUUGUGCCACAGCCACAGCAAUGAGGGAUCCAAGCCACACCUGUGACCUACACCACAUCUCACGGCUAUGCCAGAUCCUUAAUCCACUGAGUGAGGCCAGAGAUCGAACCCUCAUCCUCCUGGAUACUAGUCAGGUUUGUUACCACUGAGCCAGGACAGGAAUUCCUUGACCUGAGUUAUUUCUGACCAAUACUCAGGUUUAAAUUUUAUUAAAAUUAGUUCAGCCGUAUGGUCUCCCUGCACCCAUGAGGUUGACCUAACUUCUCUCACAGUGUCAGUGAUGUGAAAACAUGCCACUUUUCAUAUUCAGGACCCCUCCCACCCCAGUCUUUGAACUGAGCUGUCCUGGUUUAAGACAAAUGAUUGAGUUGGUUAACACUUACUCAGAGUUGUCUCAUGGAGCCUCACCACAGACGGCUUCUCUCAUUCAACCUGCCAACCUACCACAGAACCACACGGCUGGCAUCUUUAAAACUGGCCUGGGAAAUAAGGGCCAGAGAGGGUGGAAUUGGAUGGCGAGAGGGAACACCAGCACCCACAGUGCUCUGUGUGUGACACAUAAGUGAAGUGAGAGAAGAGAUGAUGGCCCCAGUGCACUGCUCUGAGUAUUAGAGGCAGCACCUCCAGGAUCCUCGUCCUGCCUUGGUGAGUGCUCCCUGCCAAGCCUGUGGGACUACAGUGGGUGCAGGCUGGGGAUCAGGUUCAGACCAGCACGUGGUCCUGGGUGGAGCACACCUCACGUGGGGAGCAAGGCGUCCUCCAGGAUCCCCACUGUGCCGCUCAAGGGUGAGUGUUAAAAUUCCCCUUGAUGUUCAGUCUGCCCUGUCCCGGCCUUGGGCUCUGUGCCAGCACAGAACUCAGCAGACUGCAGUGUACUGGGCAGAGUGAGCUCAAGGAAGGGUAGCAUUUUAUCCUGGAGGAAAUAAAAGCACAUUUAAAUUCUG